AUGAUCACCUCCCACGCCGUCAUGAUCCGUCAGCAUGGCGAGCCUGCCGACGUCUUGUUCACCCAAUCGUAUACCAUUGAUGAUGAGCAUUUGGCUCCUAAUGCCGUGAUCGUCAAAGUGUUGGCAUCUCCCAUUAACCCCAGUGACAUCAACCAGAUCCAAGGUGUAUAUCCGUCCCAGCCGCAGAAAACCACCCAGUACGGCACCAGCUUCCCGUCGUUUGUGUGUGGUAAUGAGGGGCUUUUUGAAGUGGUGAAGGUGGGUGCCAGUGUCACUUCUGUUGCUCCAGGAGAUUGGGCAUUGCCGCUCCGGGUGUGCAGUGGCACCUGGCGCACGUACGCCGAGUUCUCUGACGACGUGUUGUUCAAGAUCCCCAGCCCAGCCCAGUCUACUGCCAGGGGGAAAACCCCGUUGACGCUUCAGCAAGGUGCGGCCUUGACCGUCAAUCCGCUCUCCGCGUACUUGAUGUUGACCCACUUUGUAGAGCCCAAGCCAGGGAACUGGUUCAUUCAGAACGGUGGCAAUUCGGCGGUCGGCAAGUUUGCGUCGCAGAUGGGCCGUCUUUUGGGGUUGAACUCCAUUAGUGUCAUUCGUGACAGACCCAACUUGGACGAAGUUAAACAGCAGUUGCACGACACUUACGGGGCCACGCACGUGAUCACCGAGGAGGAGAAUAACCUGCGUGAGUUCAGUGGCGUGGUCAAGAAGUGGUUGUCUGAGUCGGGUGGCCUGUUGCAAUUGGGCUUGAACUGCGUGGGAGGAAAGUCUUCGACCGGCGUGGCACGAAAGUUGCAGGACAAUGGGAUCAUGUUGACAUACGGCGGGAUGUCGUUCCAGCCGGUGAUUUUGCCCACGUCGUUGCAUAUUUUCAAGAACAUUACAAGUGCUGGGUUUUGGUGUACGCGGAUUGUAGAGGAGAAUUUGCAGUUAAAGAAGGAGAUUUUGGAGAAGAUUAUUUCGUGGUACGAGGACGGUGAGCUUUUAGAGGCGGCGUCGACGGCCAGCGAGUACACUGGGGGUGAUUUGGCGAGCUUUUAUAGUGAGAGGAUUGCUGACUCUAAGAGUGGUAAGCAGGUGGUGGUAAACGCGGUGGAGUAG